CGGCGACUCGACGGACUUGUCAUGUCGAUGAAGUGUAUAAUGCGUGUGUCAUAAGGCUACAAUUUUUUCUGCUACUUUUAGAAAGCUAUGAGGAAACGCACGGGGGCGAAGUAUGCUUGUUUCUGAAGUUCAAACGAGAUAAGAGGGCGUAGAUCUGAACACAACGUGAUGAUCAGCGUAGAACCGUAACCUUCUACAUUUGGUCACUAUGAUCUUCGGAUGCUGACUUGUGUUCAGACAUACUCCGUCGACCCUAUAGGCAGCAAAAUUGCAUAAGCAAAAUUCUGUCUUAUUUCCACUAGGGGAGGUUUUCUCACAGUUUUUACGCUAUACAUCGAUAAAACUCGGCUCUCAAUUUUCUCACCAAAAAUAACUUCAUAGGUAGACACGUAAUUACGGAUUAAAAACGACGACAUAUAGAUAUAGCAAAGAUCGAUUUUCACGAAAAUGAACCCCGAAAGCACUGACGUGAACAAGCACGCCAGGGAGACCAGCGCACGUCAUUGGAUGUCUAACGUACAAGGUCUUCUUCAAGAGCUAGUGAUGACUCAGAAAGGCAUUGAAGAGAACACUGCAACCGUGAAAAACAAUAUGAAAAUUAUAGAACAGCAUGUAGGCCGCCUAGAAGGACACAUUCGCAAAUUUGAGUCGCGCAUUAUGCAUCAGAUGAUUGUCCAGCAACUCCAAUUUUUAGAAAAGCUAUCGAGCACUAAAAGCAGUCAGACAUCAGCCGGGUUUCCUGCUUCGAAAGAUACGACUUCAAUCGAAGGCGAUUUUUUUCAAACCUCGAAUGAAACACGUAUCAUGGGCGAGGAAAUGAAACAAAUUCAUACGAAGCAGCAGGAGCAGCAAUCACAGAACUCAAAAACAGCAGCUAACCGAAAGUACGGUGAUUCUUCGUGCUUCAAUCUAGGCCUAGGUGCUCAGGGAGCUCGACCUGAGAAACUGUCCACGGAGAAGACCUUCACCCCAACAACGAGGCUCGUGUUCAGCAGCAGGGCUAUUCGAUUUAAGCGAGUACCUUGUAAAGACAAAAUGUUUCCACCCGGUGACUGGGUCGAUGGAAGUAUUGAGUGUUUCAUCGAGCAUACCGGCCCAAACCAUGAGGAAACCACAGUGGGGUACUUUUUUAUUACCCACGUCGGUAGACUGAAACAGGUGAUCGAUUCCAAAAUGGACGUACUGGUGAAUAAGAGAGGCGACAUUGUCGAAUCAAUUAUGACGGUCCUUAAUGGUACGAGCUACUUCGUCACCUUCUAUCACCUCGCUAAUUCGCGUUUGAUGAAGAUUUUACUGAAAGUUUUAGCUGACGCUGGCGCAAAUCUCCGAACGCAAGAGCUAACUAAAAAAGUUCAGCCGUCCUUAACAACCUCAAGCAAAUCGGCCUUCGCAAUUCCAACAUUUUCCGGUACGGAUACUACACAAAAGACAACACCGUCUACUGCUUCUGGUUCCUCAGAAGCUUUUUACAUCGCAUCAAAACCAUUAGUAGUAGCCAAGAAACCCAAAGUUGGCCAGAUACCAGAUAAAGCGUCGUCAAUUAUUGCAAAGACGUCAAAGACAAUUUCAGUCCCUUCGGCCACACCGAACAACAAGCUAAAAAAGAACGCUAACCUCGAAGUAGCAUGGCUUGAGGAAGAGGUGGCAGCAAUGGCUGCGAAGACGGUUGAAACUGCCACAAAAGUUGCCCUAAACGUAGUGAAGGUCUUAGAAGACAAAAGCAUUAUUAAAGAAGCUCCAAACAUUUCACCAGCAGACAGGACUACAGGUAAAGCUCCGGAAGCGAUAGCGACAAGCACAAAGAGCAAAGACACCGCCAAUUGUUCCAUUUUUGAAACGUCAUCAGCCUUCAAAGACGAAGUACACAAGAGCGCAAGUUCAGGACAACGAAAAGCUACCACAGUGAACACGAGUGUUGCGGCUCCUAUGGAAAGAGAUGCCUUAAGCGUUCGCUCCAAAUCUGCGUCCGAGUGUGCGGCGUCAAAAGAAACACUUGAUGUUUCUCUUAAACAUGAUACAUCUAGAUCUUCUGAUGCGUCAUCGACGGCUGUGCCUUCGCUAGCGAAACCGAUUUGGCCGUCUGAUGUGGCACCAGGACAUCGUUCAGGAGCGUUAGCGGACUCAGACAGGAAGAGUGUACCUUUUGCGUGGAAUCCUACUAAAUAUGCUCCUACAACGUCCACAACGACCCGGCCAACGUUCGAUGGGUUGAACAUAUAUUACAACCGAAUACAAACUCCGCCUUGUGCAGCCUGGUAUGAAAAAGCCUAUGAGAGUCAAAGCGAACAAACUACAUUAGCUACGGCAUCUGAUCUGACCAAGCGUUUGGGAAUAACUGAUCAAUGUCCCUUCUUCAACUUUGCUCAGAGUGAAUCACAGAUCAGUAAGAUGCCCGAGCUUCCAAAAGCUUUCGGUACUCCGGGUUCCAACAAAGAGAUUGAGGUUGUCGUUGCUAAGUCGGAAGCGCACUUGCGCCGCUUUAAAAUGGAUCAGUGGUUUGAUGUGGCCAGCGGUACUUUUAGAAUCCGUCGAGGUUCCACUACAUAUCUGCCACGACUCGUUAUGACGACAAACACGAAGCCCGAAACCGUGUGUCUGAAUCACUAUCUCACAAUAUUGAUGACGUUCACCGUCAGCUUCGAUAGCAAGAGCAUUCAAUGGGGAGUUGAGGAUUACGCCAGCGGCAAACCCGUGGCUGAGAUCUUCGAGCUCCGCUUUAACAAUCCGUCGACUUGCAUCACCGUCUUGGCCAUAAUCAAAGCCCUGCAACGGCAGAUGCGCAUUAAAGAUACUGAUGCUGCUGUAGAUAACAGAGCUUUAACAGCAGGAACCGUUGAGUCGUUUGGUUGUCGGAAGGUGGGCAUAUCCUCGUGGCCGUUGCCGAUAAUCAGUGCACCCCAGGCAAACAAACCAAACGCGAGAGCGGUCAAGGAAAAGCUUGUGAAUACCGAUGGCCUUGCCAUUAAUGAUGCUGAUCAUGUUGCUGACGGUAAUAAGGAAGUGAUUCCAGCUAUGAAACAGGAGACAUCCAAUGAUGACAGAAGCGACGAAGAUGACGGCAACGUAAUUAACGAAGAAGAUAUCAAAGUUGUCGAUGAUGACGGAUCUGACGACGGUACAGAAGUUUGCAACGAUAAAAAAUAUUCUGAAGAGGACAACCUAGACCCCGUCGUGAUGGUCCCGGCAGUUGCUUUAGAAGCAACAUCCGCGCCUUCAGCGUCGCUCGGACAUAGCGAAGCACCACAAACAGAGCUCAACUCACCUUGCAUCACCCUCGACCGCGGCAGCAACGUUAAGCCAACAGAGAAAUCCGAAAUAAAUGAGUUGCAUGCUUUUUUAUCGACGCAUGCGGAAACGAAGGGGGAGAACAGUGAAAAAUCGGUAAUCGCACAACAACAGCCUGCGGUUCGCAGUGCUGAUUCAAUCUCACUUACCAAAGAGAAAGCCAACCCAAAACCAGUAGUGUUCGAAGAUCCUUUAAACUCGUUUGCAGAAGCCGGUCAAAGAGCUCACAUAGAAUCGACCAUUUUUCAACGAGUUACUGACGAUUGGUCUCGCCCUUUGCUGAGGCCGUCGUCUGUGCAAAAUGCUAUUUAUCAAUCAAAUGAGAGCAAUCUUCCAGGAUCUGGCACAAACGAUGUCGUCCUCUGCAUUGUGCCAGGAUUAUUGUACGUUGCCGACGAGAACAUGCACUGGAAGCACUUAUGUUCGGGCUACCUCCGCGUUAGUCGGCGCACUGAUGGCCGAGCAAAAAUCACCAUGCACGAUACACUGAACGAAAAUCAUCCACUGGUAUGUCACCACUUAAUUGAACACAACACGAAGAUCAUGUCCUAUGCAUCCCGACUUUCCAUUUGGGUCGGCUUGGAUUCCGUGCUCCGACCAGGUCGAUUAUUUCGAGCUACGUUCAAGUUUCACGCGACGCAUGAAAAACUCAGCAAUGACUUCAAAAGCAUCGUCACCCUGGAAGCGAGAAAAGUCGAGCCCAAUAAGCCAGUAGGACCAGCUUCAGACGAAAUGCAAAAUGUGGCUGUUGAGGAGGUGGUGUUCAAGGACGAUCAGGAUCCCAGAAUGUACGUGUACAACAAUAAGACGAAAAACUGGGAUGAGCUUCAGGGCCUUGCCUUCUUGAAAAUCUCACGUUUUAGCGGGGUUGCUUGCAUAACGGCUGAAUAUAAGCUUCCGACAUAUCCCAGCGGUGUCCUUGCUCUCAGCCACCAAAUUGUACCAAAAAUGACUACCUAUUUCGCUCGCACAUUGCCAAACAGUGUAGUCUGGGAUGCUACGGAUAGCCUGCAAAACGAGUCGUUAAGAACCGCGUUCGCUUACGUAGCAAAUAGUGCUACGAAGCGCAUCGACUUCAAAAAAGCCUUCCUUAAGGAGGAGUUCAGACUAAACGUUGAGAUGAGGUUUAAGAGUCGGUGAUAAGAAUCACUCGUCGUAAACUAGGUAGUUGGUUCUAAUAUUGACUGCUGUAAAGGUAACGGGACAUGUUAGAAAUGCGACUAAAUUGACGUACAGCUAUCUUUUUUACGGUGUCAAGCUAUAUCUACAUGCUUUACAUAGGCGAUAUAAGGUUCUAGUCAUAUUAGCAAUUGACUUGAGUGUUGCUUGCUAAUAUGUCUUGCCUAUCGUUACUCAAAUUACUGUCAUUCUUAAAGGUCCGCCGGCACCGACAAACGUGCCGGAGACAUUUUUACAGGUAUAUUGUAUUUGUUCUGCCAUCAUUUACUGUUUUUUAUACUGAAUGAUGGCCAAUUACGUACGAUUAUAAAUGGUGCUUAAAAUAGAUCAUAAUGAAAAAUAAAUAAUUCCAUGCAAUCUGCUUAGUGAAGAUGAGGAACGUGCUUGAGAACAUUUUAUCUGUUUGGAUUUGCUCAAAUUUUAUGAGUCAAUCCAUAUAUAUAUAUAUAUAUGCACUGCGCGACAUUACUAUUUUAUACCUGGACGACAUUAAUAGGUAGGGUAAAGCUACCAGAGGACCAUUGACAAGCAAUAAAUGACAACAUAUGAAAUGCAGUGCGCAAUUUUAAAUUAUACACGUAACCUAAAAAUAGGCUAACAACAUUAUGAAAUAUAAAUUAAAGAAUAUUUAAUAAUGAUUGAUUUACUCUCCGCUGUUUUUAUUUGAUCGGGCUGUCCUAUCCCGUUAAUUUCUAUUUUCUGUUUCCGUGCUAAUUGUUGUCUCCAAAAACGCUGUUGUAUUCGCACGAAACUGGCGUCAGCAGGAGGUAGAGAUAAUCAAAUCAUCUAAGAAUUAACAAUAGUCAUUGUUAUAAGCUUUGUGUUAAUUUUUGCGAAUAUUUUACUAUUACUAAUAACUAAUAAUGCUGAAAUGGGACACUUAUUUCGAAAAACAUUGUUACGCUAAAAUAUAGAUCUUUAUAUCGUUUUGCAAUGAUCCUCAACUGAA